UCUUAGCAAAAUACCACAAACUGUUCAAGUUCUAUAAAAAGAUCGACGAUAUUGAUACAUUAGGUUUCCCUCUUAGAAAUACCUUCCAAGUUUUUGUACACGUAAUAUCUCCAAUUCUCCAGUUUUGCUCCACCAGUCCACCAUGAAGCAAAAGAUUGUGAUGAAGAUGCAGUUUAUCUCUGAGAAACGCAGAACUGAUGCCUUCAAGAUUGCUGCCGGCACUACAGGUGUGACCAAUGUGUCUAUAGAACCAGAUAAAGAUCAACUUGUGGUGAUCGGAGAUGGAGUUGAUUCCGUUUGCUUGACCAAGGCAUUGAGGAAGAAGCUCCGGUGCGUUGAAAUAGUUAGUGUUGCAGAGGUGAAAAAGCCCGAAGAUGAGAAGAAGCCAGCAGCUGAGUGUAUUCCCAUUCAAUGGACAUCAAGCUAUGUGCACUACCCCAUGCAUUAUGAUCUUGUCUACCGAUGGUGAUCAAAUUUAAAGCACUUUUGGCAUUCUAGCUAGCAACGUUAGAGUUUUCUCCGUUCUCAAAGUACAAAUUCUUUGCCAUGGCCUACUCAUAAAACUAUCUUCUUUGAUACUACUUUUCUCGCUGGUCGAUCAAGUAUACGACGUCGGCUAGUAGUAAGUAAAUAUCCAAUCAUAUAUGAGAGAUCGAUCUUUGUUAAAGAUUUCAUUUUUGAAUCCAUCUGCUCUCGUUAUUAUACCUUUGUGAAUUGUGAUGUCAUAGCUCUAUGACGUUUAAAGAUUACAGUACGAUAUGCA